AUGCAGUUCUGGCUUGUGGCUGUUUUUCUCAUUCAUGGAGUCUUUGCAGCAGUCAUUAAACCAGUUAAGCCAUCUCAAGACAGCUUUUACACCCCGCCCGAUGGUUACGAGAAUCUGGAAGUUGGAACAAUUCUCAAAUUUAGAAAAACACCAGCACCAUUAUCUAGUAUAAUCAAUAGUGUCCACGUUCAAAAUGCAUGGCAACUACUCGUGAGAUCUGAAGAUACAUUUGGUAAUCCAAACGCUUUCGUAACAACUGUUAUCCAGCCAAAGAAUGCCAUCCCUAAUAAAGUGGUGUCUUACCAAACAUGGGAAGAUGCAGCAAACUUGGAUUGCUCUCCAUCGUAUGGAAUUCAGUAUGGGGCAGAUUUAACUACUUUGAUUUCCCUGUUUGAGAUGUAUUUCAUGGCACCAUUGUUGGACCAAGGUUAUUAUGUUGUCACUCCGGAUUACGAAGGUCCAAAGAGUACAUUCACUGUUGGAUUGCAAUCGGGCAGAGCGACAUUGAACUCGAUCAGAGCUGCACUUAAUUCAGGAAAUUUGACUGGUAUUGAUUCCGAUGCUGAAGUUAUGAUGUGGGGUUAUUCAGGAGGCACUAUUGCCUCCGGUUGGGCAGCUGCUAUCCAAAGUGAGUACGCCCCUGAGUUGAGUGACAAUUUGAUUGGCGCUACACUUGGGGGAUUCGUCACCAACAUCACAGCUACGGCAGAAGCAACUGAUGGUGGGCUUUUUGCCGGUCUUAUAGCAAAUGCAUUGGGUGGAUUGGGAAAUGAAUACUCCAACUUGACCAAUUUCAUGCAAGAGAAAAUCAGUAGUACCGAACAGCUGAGCUUUGACAGAAGAGAUGAUCAUUGUUUAGUCGACAGUGUUCUUGGAAAUAUUGGCAGCCAGUUCUUUUCUGGUGAAGAUAGGUGGUUUCCAGAUGGUUGGGAAAUAUUUAGCGAGGAACCAGUCGAUUCAAUUGUCAAAAACAAUGGAUUGGUCUACCAGCCCGAGAAAUACCUUCCUCAAAUUCCCAUGUUCAUUUAUCAAGGCACUCAAGAUAAUAUCGUCCCCAUCAAAAGCGCGAAACUUACAUUUCAACAAUGGUGUGAAUGGGGCUUAGAGUCAGGUGAGUUUGCCGAGGAUGAAGCGACGGGGCACAUUACUGAAGUAUUUGUUGGAGCACCGGCUGCUUUAACUUGGAUCAUUAAUAGAUUUAAUGGUGUUGAGCCCAUUAAUGGAUGUAAUCAUACUUCAAGAGCAUCAAAUUUCGACUAUCCUGGUAUAUCUCAAUCAUAUAUUGAUUAUUUUACCGCUGCGUUGGACCUUGUACUUGGACUUGAUUUGGGUCCUUUGCUGAAGAGAGAAGUUAACAGUAUAGAGGAUUUGAAUGCGCUAGAGUAUGUAAAAGUAUAA